ACAUUCCUGUCACACUGGUCACACCGCCGCCAUCCCUCGGUUGUUUUUUUGCGUUUUUGCAUAACAAAAUCUAGGAAACUCGCCCGAAUCGAACAAGGAGAGACACAACCCAGUUGCUGGAGGCAGGCACGCAGUCGGAAUGGGUCAGUACACGGCGUCCCAACGCAAGAAUGUGCGAAUACUACUCGUGGGUGACGCCGGGGUGGGCAAGACGUCGCUGAUUCUCUCGUUGGUCAGUGAGGAGUACCCGGAGGAGGUGCCGCCCCGGGCCGAGGAGAUCACCAUUCCGGCCAACGUUACUCCCGAGCAGGUGCCCACUAGCAUUGUGGACUACUCGGCCCUGGAGCAGACGGACGAAGCCCUCGGGGUGGAGAUUAAUAAGGCCCAUGUGGUCUGCAUUGUGUACGCGGUGAACGACGACGACUCUCUGGACCGAAUCACGUCCCACUGGCUGCCGUUGGUACGUGAAAAGUGCAAUCUUUCGCUGGAGUCGGAAGCAGAUGGCGCGGAGCGGGAUGAGGAGGGCGAAGGCGGUGCCGGAGGCGAGAGGGAGCCUUUGCGCAAGCCAAUCGUCCUUGUUGGCAAUAAGAUCGACAUGAUCGAGUACUCCACCAUGGACAGUGUGUUGGCUAUCAUGGAGGACUAUCCAGAGAUCGAGAGUUGCGUCGAGUGCUCGGCAAAGACACUCCACAACAUAUCCGAGAUGUUCUACUACGCCCAGAAGGCGGUACUGCACCCUACCUCGCCCCUCUAUAUGAUGGAAGAGCAGGAGCUGACGCCCGCCUGCAAGAAAUCGCUGGUGCGAAUCUUCAAAAUCUGCGACAUCGACGGGGACAAUCUGCUGAAUGACUACGAACUAAAUCUGUUCCAGAGGCGCUGCUUCAACACGCCGCUACAGCCCCAGAUCUUGGAUGAAGUUAAAGCCGUGAUACAAAAGAACGUGCCGGAUGGUAUCUACCAAGACGCGGUCACCUUGAAGGGGUUCCUCUUCCUGCACUGUCUGUUCAUCCAGCGCGGAAGGAACGAGACCACCUGGGCAGUGCUGCGGCGAUUUGGCUACAACGACCAAUUGGACAUGUGCCAGGAGUAUCUGAGGCCCCCGUUGAAGAUCCCGCCCGGCAGCAGCACAGAGCUUUCGCAUCGCGGACAGCAAUUCCUCAUUGCCGUUUUCGAGCGCUACGAUCGGGAUGGAGACGGGGCUCUGUCCCCCGACGAGCACAAGAUGCUAUUUAGCACGUGCCCAUCGUCACCAUGGUCCUACUCGACCGAUAUUCGCAAGUCGUGCCCCAUAAACGAGACCACCGGCUGGGUGACGUUGCAUGGCUGGCUUUGUCGCUGGACACUCAUGACGCUGAUUGACGUGGUUAAGACCAUGGAGUACCUGGCGUACCUCGGUUUCAACGUCCAUGAAAACGACAGCCAGUUGGCAGCUAUCCAUGUCACCCGCGAACGUCGCAUUGACUUGGCCAAACGGCAGAGCAGUCGUUCGGUCUACAAAUGUCACGUGAUCGGUCCGAAGGGUUCUGGAAAGACCGGUCUCUGUCGUGGGUUCUUGGUGGACGAUAUGAGCAAGCUCAUCGGCAAGGAGUUCAAAACGAAUGUGGUCCACUGCAUCAACUCUGUGCAGGUGUAUGGCCAAGAGAAGCACCUCAUCUUGCGCGACAUCGAUGUGCGACAUGCCCUUGAUCCGCUGCAGCCGCAGGAAGUCAAUUGCGAUGUGGCGUGUCUGGUGUACGACUCCUCCAACCCGCGCUCCUUCGAGUAUGUGGCUCGCAUCUACAUCAAGUAUUACGCCGAGAGCAAGAUACCCGUGAUGAUUGUGGGCACCAAGUGUGACAUGGACGAGCGUCGGCAGGAUUACCUCAUGCAGCCGUCGGAGUUCUGCGAAAAGUACAAGCUACUGCCACCACACCUCUUCAGUCUGAAAACCAACAAGAAGGAACUGUACACAAAACUGGCCACCAUGGCCGCCUUUCCGCGCUUCCAGGCCGCCUGGAUCCUGUUCUACAAGCACAGGUUGGUACAGCUGUGGGAAUCGGCCCACCUGCGACAAUUUGGCCUGAUGACCGAGGACCCGAAGCUGUGGUGGAAGGCCGGAUUGGGCGUUGCCGCUGCCACCAUGGUGGGCUUCUUUGUGCUGAAGACAAUCAGCGCCGCCGGGGCCCACUCCCGCUAAAUACACACACACACACGUUAAUGUUCAGCAAAUUCAUGUAACUUAUUAAUUACUAUUUUGCUUGCUACUGUAAAUCCAAAAUUUAUUGUUACCAAAAAAAAAAAAAAAAACGGAAGAAAACAAUGAAAAGAGGGACAUGCGCCAAGUUCUUAGCUCUCAUUCCUGACAUGUAAAUACACUCCCAGGAAUCGGGCAUCCAGACAGGAUUCAAAGACAGUCAAGUCAAGCACAUUGUGUACGUUGCAUUUCUAUUCGUAUAUACCCUUUAACCUUAAAACCAUGUACUCACUGAUAAGUCAUAUAAGUUAUCGUUACUAUCAAUACCAAGUAACCGAAACGAAACAACCAAAAUUCGUGGAUAGAUAAUAGUUUUGUGUAUGUACACCUACUCGGUUCUAUAUAAAUACAUAUAUAUACUACUAGUAGAUAUAUCGCACUCUGUAAAUACGCGCAAAGUAUGAGCAAUAAAUCGAUCUAUGUAUGUGGAUUUACUUAAAGCGAACUAUAGUGGAUCAAAA